UUCUCGCUGACGAUAGAACGUAUUCGGAGACUCGCGUGUUUUCUCGUGAUAUUGUUGUUUGCUGUGUGCUGUGCUGUGACGAGAAUAUUGCAAAAAUGAGUAAGUGUGAGCAGCAACAGCGCGAUAAGGAGAAGGAGGAGGAGAACAAAAUGGAGAUACUCUUGGAGCUCAAUAUGAAGCAGAAGUUGGCCACUCGUCUCUGCAUUCUGAUAUUUGGCAGUCUUGUCUUUGCCUUCUUCUGCUCGGACAGCGCCUUGGCCAGCCUCACACUGGGUGCUCUAAUGGCUCUCACGCUGCGGAGUCCCACAAAUAUCUAUGCCUUGGCGAUGACGUGUCGCAGGGAUCUCCUUGCUUUUCACCGCUUUGUGGCACUCAACUUCUAUCUGCUUCGCAAGGAUCGCAAGGGCUGCACCGUGGCCCACUGUUUUGAGGAAGUGGCACUGCAGCAGCCAAGCAAAACUUGCUUCAUAAUGGACGAUCGUCGUCUCAGCUUCGGCGAGGCGCUGCUCUACAGCCAGAAGGUGGCCGGUUACUUCCAGCAACGGGGAUUGCAACGCGGCGACUGCGUUGCCCUGCUAAUGGAAACUCGCGUGGAGUACACCUGCAUAUGGAUGGGUCUCAGUCAGCUGGGUGUUGUCACGGCGCUGAUAAACUCGCACCUGCGUGGCGACUCGCUGCUGCACUGCAUCCGGGUGGCCAAGGCGGCGGCACUGAUCGUGGGCGCUGAACUAGCUGAUGUGCUGGCUGCAAUGCCUUCACUCGACAUUCCCAUCUAUCAGUUUACGGAUCAGGAGCAGCACCAGCUACUGCCAGGUGCCACUGAGCUAAGCAAUGCGCUCAACGCCCAAACCCCUCUGCCCCUGAGUCGCAGCUUGGAGUGCUCCGCCCGGGACAAGCUGCUCUAUGUUUAUACCUCGGGCACCACGGGAUUGCCGAAGGCUGCAGUCAUCACCAAUCUGCGGUUUCUCUUCAUGUCAGCGGGCACCUUCUACAUGUUGGGACUGAAUCGCGAUGAUGUGGUCUACAAUCCCUUGCCCUUGUACCACACUGCCGGAGGCAUCGUGGGCGUGGGUAACGCCCUGCUUAAUGGCAGCACCGUGGUGCUUCGGAAGAAGUUCUCGGCAUCAAAUUUCUGGAGCGACUGCAGCAAGAACAACUGCUCCGUCGCCCAGUACAUUGGUGAGUUGUGUCGAUAUCUGCUAGCCACGCCCUACGCGAAAGCGGGGCAGCAAUCUCAGCAGCCCCAGCAUCAGCUGCGCCUCAUGUACGGCAACGGACUCAGGCCGCAGAUCUGGACGCAGUUCGUCACCCGCUUUGGCAUUCCGCAAAUCGGGGAGAUCUAUGGCGCUACCGAGGGCAACUCCAAUCUGAUCAACAUCACUAAUCGCAUUGGCGCCAUUGGCUUUGUGCCCGUCUUCGGUCGCAAGCUGUACCCAGUUCAGAUUCUGCGCUGCGACGAGUUGACGGGUGAACCUCUGCGAGAUGCGAAGGGUCACUGCAUGCGCUGUGCUCCUGGGGAGGCGGGACUGUUGGUGGGUCAGGUGGAUGCCAGGCGAGCGGUGAGUGCCUUCCAUGGAUACGCGGAUAAGGAGGCCUCGGAGCAGAAGCUGCUGAGGAAUGUGUACACCAAGGACGAUUGUUACUUCAACUCCGGCGACAUGGUUGUCUGUGAUAUACUGGGCUUCUUCUACUUCAAGGAUCGCACCGGCGACACGUUCAGAUGGCGCGGGGAAAAUGUGGCCACCCAAGAGGUCGAGGCCAUCAUUACCAACUGCAUUGGACUCAACGACUGUGUUGUGUAUGGCGUUCAGAUCCCCCAUGUGGAGGGCAAGGCUGGUAUGGCUGCCAUUGUGGAUCCGUCACGCAAGGUGGACAUCGAUUAUCUCUCGAUUGUGAUACGUGGCAGUCUGCCUCCCUAUGCGCGUCCGCUCUUUAUCCGCCUGAUGGACGAGAUUCCUCGGACCGCGACGUUCAAGUUGAAGAAGCGUGAGCUAGCACUUGAAGGAUACGAUCUGGACAGAGUCAGCGAUAUCAUUUACUAUCUGAAUCGCGAUGGCGUCUACAGAGAGCUAAGCGCGGAGCAGUACAAGUCCUUGCAGGCGGGCACUGCAGGACUCUGAGGAUGAAGGCGUGGCUCACUUUGAUAUUAACUGCAAUUGUUUUUUGUAUAUACACACACACUCACGCUUACAACCACUUACUUAGUUGUAACACUCAAAAGAAUCGACUGAUGAAACUUUAGCAAAAGCCGAGCGCGUUUCAUUCCAAUAACUUGGCCAUAAAAAAAGACAGCUGAACCGAUAAUGGUCGCCAAUACAUUCCCGGUUGCUCCUGCACCACAUAAGACA